AUGAGCAGUGUAGAAGCAGCUGCGUCACUCUUUGGGCCGGAAGACACCGCCGACCCGUUCGGGGCUAUAGGCGGCGGUGACGAUGCGGCUAGCCAGAGCGCGGCACAACCCUCGCAUGCAGACCCAGGCUCCUCUGUUGCUGAUCUGUUUGGCGAGGAAACAGUGAGCGGUCAGAAUUACGACGCCGGGUUCACGUCGGUUUCGAACGGCCAAGGAGAAUACGCGUCGUGGAAUGGCACGACUGAAAGCGCGAACGCCUAUGCUUAUCAGCACGACUAUGGUCAAGGUGCGACGGCGAACGAGCCCUCGUAUGGCGGUUACUCUCAGGCUCAGGCAGGAGGCGAUGGUCAAUGGUCUAGUGCUCUUCACAAUGCACCCGAAACUAAUGCUGUGCAACAAUCCUACAACCCUACACCCUCUGCGUACCCCGUCGACACUCGGCCAUCGCCAUACGCACCUGAUUCUCAUGCUCGUCCGCCUUCCAUGCCGUACUCAAAUGGAGCUACGGGGCCUGUCACCAAUGCCGCCGCCCAGUCUGCAUAUGACCCUUACAAUGUGGCGGGCGCUGGGACAAGCCAUCAGGCCGCGCCAGCGGCCGUCGCCUCCACAGCCGCUUAUAACCCAUACGCGCCGUCGAACUAUGCGUCACCACCAGCUCAAUACAGUGCUCCCCCGUCAGGCCCCACGAAUGCAUACGCAACGCCGCCGUACUCCCAAUACGCAACUGGCGUUGUAAACCCUCCGGUCCCCCCUUCCCCCGCUCCUAGUGCAGCACAGUUUCGGCCCAAGAAGCUCGACGCAUAUGACCCCCCCUUGCCUCCGCCAAAGAUUAAUAAACGCGUCACGCUCGGUGCGACGGCGCGCUCCGCUUCCCCAGCUGUAGGACAACAAACGUAUCCCGUGUUCAAUGCACAUGCUUCAGCGUAUCCCGACGGAAGAGCCUCCCCCUUCGGGUCGGUGCCGAACCCUCGUCCCCCCAACGGCAUUACCUCCCCUAUUUCUCACGUCGACCCCCCACCUCCUGCACGACAUUCGAGCUAUCAGCCAACUUUAGUGAGCGCUCAAUACCACCCCCCACCGCCCGCCUACAACGCGCCGCCUCCCCCUGUUCAAUACCAGCCAUCGACCACUGCCCAUUAUCAAACGUCUCCUCCCUCACAAUAUUUACCACCACCCUCGCAAAAUCAGCCUUUCCCACCUUCUCAGAUAAACUCUCAACCUCUCCCACCUGCACAAAUCCCUCCUCGUCGGACUGCAAGCAUUCCCCAAGCCAUAGAAGUUCCUGACCAGACUGCCUUCGUCUCUUCGUAUGCUCCUGCGUUACCGGUGCAAUUCUCCCCCGCCUGGUUAGAAAACCCCUCACCAUCUUCUAUCGUCGAAGAAAAUGCGGAGCAUCGAAAUGCUAUUAAUGAAUCACACGACCCUGAAGUAGCGCCCUACAUGUCCCACCCAUCGUACCCAUACGGUUCUACCCCUGAAGAGCCUGGUUCUCUCCAGGCCAGUGUUGAUGCAUCCCAGUUGACUUCUAACGACAACCAUGAUCCUUACGAUCCUGAGAAUCAUGCGACUCAUAGUCUGGACGCCCCUCUUCAUUCUACUGGCAAUGAGGUGGCAGCAUUCGAAUAUGCGGGUGUUCCAUGGACAAACACCGAAACUGGUAGCACUACGCCACGCAGUACACAUACAGCUGACUUCACCACUACUUCACCUCCGCCUUCUCAUGGGCCGACUGAGCCAGCACCAUCCACUGUAUAUGAUCCAUAUAAACCCAAGGCAGCAUCGCCUCUCGCAUCGCCUCCUCAGGCGCAUGUUUCCAGGGUCUCUUCUCCCAGUUCAAUACGGUCGUGGAGGUCACGCACAUCUGUCCAAGAUUCAUAUGCGCCUGAUUCUCACGUUGAACGCGAGCGCUCCAUGUCUAACAGCUCAGCGUAUUCUUUCUCGUCGACCAUGCACACGUCCUACGUGCCUCAGCACCCACGGCAAUCUUCUGAUCUAUCUCAGGCAUCGCCAUACAGCCACCACAGUCCCUUGCUAGGUAACGGUGUAGCCGAUCAGGGCCAGACACUGACUGUUCUGGGCGGAGUAACUCAUGCAGCAUAUGCACCGUCGCCAUCGCUCCUUGGGACUAACGAUACCCUCGGUAGAAUUGCUGGCCGCGCACCACUCAUCAGCUUUGGGUUUGGUGGGAAGAUGGUCACAUGUUUCCACGGGUCGUCGACCCUGAACACAGGGUUCGACGUCGCUCUCUCUAGUCGACAGACGACGGGCGUGCAAGUGAGAUUACUUCGUCAGGAGGUUCCGGAGUCUGCACUGGAUGCGUCCGCAACGCCAUUCCCUGGUCCCUUGUUCUGCGACCCAGGCACACCGACGACUAGUCUGGUACGGACCACCACGUCUUCCCAGACGAAGACGAACAAGGCGAGGGUCAUCAAGUAUCUGGAGGAGAGGUCCACCGAGAUUUCUGCCGGCCUGGGAUACUUAAGCCAGGGUAGUCCAGAACGUAAACAGGCGGAGGGAAAGCUGGUCAUUGUCAACUUGUUGAAAGUUAUGGUGGAGAAUGAUGGGCAUCUCUCCGGCAGCUCACAAAUUGACAAUGCGGUUCGAGCUGCCCUCGUUCCAAGGCUUGGUGACAAAACUCUCUCGGCCCCUACAAACGGUCCCACGUCAUCUCUUGGAUUCUCGUCAAGUUCAGACGCCAUGCAACUGGCAUCUGAGAUCCCGUACCCGUCAAUCGGCCUUUCGGCAUUGGACCCUAACGACACCAUAAUUGCUACUUCAACUGUCAAAGCCUCUUCGCUAGAUAAGAUUGAAGAUUUUUUGAUGCGCGGCGACCGCCGCCAAGCAGUCAAUCAUGCGCUCGACGAAAGACUCUGGGCGCAUGCUAUGGUCAUAGCUAGCAGCAUCGACAAGGAAUCUUGGAAGGAGGUCGUUAAUGAGUUCAUCAAGGCGGAACUUGGAACGACCAUCGGAUCUCUCAACGGCCGAGGCAAAGAGACUUCGGCGUCGCACAGUCGCGAAGGACUCAAGGUUGCGUACAGUUUGUAUGCAGGACAAGGAGCUGCUGCUGUGCAAGAGCUUGCCCCACCGAGUCAGCUCUCGAAACCGAUCAGCAACCUUCAAGUCCCGUCCUUGCCACAUAUUACUCCUAUGACUCCGAAUUCCCCAACGCCCUCAAUCCCUACAUCCCUUCCAACGGAGACUUUGACGAGAUGGACAGAGACGGCUGCUAUGAUGCUUCCUGGGCCAUCAAGUGCCGAAUGCUCGGCAGCGUUGAUGGCUCUUGGCGAUUGUUUAUUUGCUAACCAAUGGACCGAGGCGGCUCAUGCAUGCUAUCUUCUGGCUCCUCAAACACCUGUAUUGGUCGGCCUUGGCUCCCCCUCUUCCCGGGUCAUUCUCAUCGGAUCUCGUAAUCCCCUAAACUGUAAUCUGAACGUGGACAAGGACCCCAUAAUAUUUUCCGAGAUCGCGGAAUUUGCGAUGUCGUUGUCUACGCCGCAAAAGGGACAAGAGGCCUUCGGCGGCUUUCCUCAUCUACAGCCCUAUAAGUUGAUUCGCGCGGCAUCCUUGGCGGAACUAGGCCACAUUCAAGCCGCUCACAGGUAUUGCGAGGCCAUAGCAGCAUCUCUCAGCAGAGGCUCUGCCAGUGUGAACCCUACAUUCAUUGAACAACUUCGAGAGCUCUCGGAUCGUCUGGUCGCAGCACCUCACUUGGAUAAAUCCGGUUCAUGGAUGGGUAAUAAGAUGAGCCGGCCAAGCCUGGAUAGCAUCGGCAACUGGUUAGAGGGACGGUUGACAAAGUUCAUAGCUGGCGACGGUGAUGGUCCCCCCACGGUGACUGACGAGGCUGCUCCAAACGAACCGAAAGGAUUUGCGGGACCGUUUUCCCACUACAGCACCAUCUCGUCGACUACUACUUCGACGUCCCCAUCCCCCCAACCGACAACGGUCAACUACAACGUCUUGCCGGGAUCACAGCCCAAGCGCAGCGGUUCAGCUCAAGCGAUACGGCCACUACAGGCUCCUCAGAUUCAAAUCGAUCGUGCAUCCUCUGCCAUGGAUUAUAGGCCACGAAGAUCAUCUCCAGUGCCUCGCAUUGCCUCUGCUAAUGCAGCUACGACUAGCUUUUCUCAAGCGCCAUAUGGUUACAAUGCUAGCCCGUACGGCUACUCUAACGGGCUCACUCCGUUGCCUGGUAUUAUCGACGUUGCUUCGGAAAACAGCCCCUCACACUCCGAUGCGAGUGGUGCCGAUGCACACAACGGAGAGCCAACAGGCCACGACAGCACGUGGUGGGGUUCAUCGUACACUGAAGAGUCUAACGCACCUACACCCACGGCUGCGACGUUUUAUCGCGUCGAGUCGGGCCCGUCGCCUUCGACGUCUGGAUUCAUAUCUCUCAUGGACGAUCCUGUUAUUACGCCGUCACCUGGGCCUGCUGCCACUCACUUUUCGUCACACGCCCACACUUCCUCAACACUCACGGCGCAUGAUGAAGACGAAGAAGACCUUGGAUUUGGAAACUCUUUCUCUAAGCGCAAACCGUCGAACGAUGACUCCCCGGAAGAGGCCAAGCCGGCGAGUACUUCGGCUACCAAAGCUUCAAAUUCUGCUCCAACUCGACCCGAACUCAAGAACGGGGGCCCUGGUGGUUCAUGGUUCAGCCGUUGGUGGAAGGGUGGAGAAGGAGGUCCAGUCAAGGCAACGCUCGGUGAAGAGAGUAGCUUCGUUUACGACAAGGAUCUCAAGCGAUGGGUCAACAAGAAGUCCGGUGGCGAGGCGACAACAACUUCUGGGCCCCCUGCGCCUCCCGCGCGCGCCCAGACUGCCUCCCCUGGCCACUCAGCACCAAGAAUGCCUAACGGAACGACGCCCAUACCGCCUCCCGCGCGUUCUGCGUCUGCCAUCGAUCUGACGAUGUCUCCACCAAGGCGAUCGCUGAACGGAACUCGCCCACGGUCGAACUUAGUUCCGAUGGCAGAAUCCGCGGUGCCCAGCCCUGCUGGCUCGCCGCCCCCCAUGCCCUCGGGAACACCGACCCCGCCGCCACCGCCUGGUCGCCCGAAGUCUCAGGCGUCGAAACGCAAUGUCAGGAGUCGCUAUGUAGAUGUUUUUCAGCAACCAGGAGCUUAAGCGAAUAAUUAGAGUUCUUGUAUUCCAUUUCUGCACGUUUGGAUUUUUUCUUCCUUUUUUGCAUGAACUGCCCGUAUGUAUUCCAUAUGUUGUGUUGGACUCAGAUAUUUUUUCCUUUCUUAUUGUGCAUAACGCGGAACAAUAUACAGCGUUGCGUGCAUCUCUC